CUCUGCGAGCUCAUCGCUGGAGAGUGCCUUGUAAGACAAGGACCUACCAGACACCUUAAGGCCGCUACUCGCUCGUAAAGGAAGUAGCAAACGCCGCAAGGUGGGGUGCACGAAUAAGAAUAACAACAAACACCAAGCUUCCUUUAGCUGGAACAGUGCUGUACUGCAUGUUUAGAGGCAGUCUGUGACAACGAAACAUAUAUGCGGGGUUAGAGGAGGUAUAAUCUUCACAGCGCUCCUAACUGUGUAACAUAAUAUUCUGUGAAAAGAGAGAGAUGGUAAUUGGGUAGAUUCGUACAGCAGCAACGGAAAAACAGACUGCAGGAAGAAGGUGCCCGGAGCAGCAGCCGUCCAAGAAGAUGUGAUAGGUUGUGAUGAUCAGCCAGAAAGCAGAAUAAACGGAGAUCACGAGACGAGUCGGAAGCGGCGAGGCAGUUGCAGCGAGCGAGUGGAGCAGCAGCGAGUGGCUGCGCAUGCGCGACUAUGCGGCCACGCUGAGUGGCGGCGAGCAGCUGCCGGUAGCUCCAUGAGCUGCGCCGCACCACGACAGCUUUCCGCGACACGGCCGGCCUCGCCCCUCUUCACCAAUGACGGUGAUGCUCCUGCAGCACUCUGCCCUCCGACACUACAAGCUGCCCUCUCCUCCGCCGCCACGAAUGACGAAGCCCGCCCCGGACGCCUCCAUAUACUGUAGCGACUACCAGACGAGGAACAAUAACAACAACAACAACAACGGUAACAAGCAGAAACGAACGCACCACAAGCUGUCGCUGCACCCGCAACAGCAGCAGGGCUGCAAGACGACUGCGAUGCGCUACUACCGUCUAUGGAUCUACACGUGCAAUGCCGUGCUGUUGGUGAGCGUGCUAGGAUUCGCCAUCGUGGCGGGCAGAAUCGUGGUGGCCGACCCCCGGCGGUACCUCGUGCCGGGCCUGUCCCUGUACCAGCCCAGCUUCCUCUACGCCUACCUGGCCCUGGCGACGCAGAGCGGCCUCCUGCAGCUGGUCGGCUGUUUGGGCGCGCUACGCCUCAACGAGCGGCUCCUCAACGUGUACUGGCUGCUACUGCUGGUGCUCCUCUUUGGCGACGCCAUCGUCGGCGUCGUGUGGGUAUUUCGCUUCGACAAGAUCUGCGCCGACUUGCGCCCCACGCUGAAGCAGCGGCUGGCGGCGGAGUACGGCGUCGACCGCGACUUCACGGCGCUGUGGGACGCUCUCCAGAGGGACUACCGCUGCUGCGGCGUCGACGGCGCCCAAGACUACGCGGCGGUGGCGAACCGCAGCGCAGGGGCCACCGUCUCGGCGUCGGCUGGGUCUACGGCGCCGACGGCAGCCGCUACCGCCAACCCGCACUACCACACUACCGGUUGCGAGGCGCGCCUGCUCCUCUGGCUGCGCCAGAGCGCGGACAUCCUGUUCGUCCUCGGGUACUGCGUCAUCGCCUUCCUCAAGCUGUGCUUCCUCGGCAUCCUGCGGUACGAGAUCCGCGAGAUGAUCCAGAAGAUCAAGAUCCUGCAGGGCGAGAUGCGGCCGCCGCCUCUGCUGCUGACGGAGCUGGGCGGCGGCGCGGCGGGCGCCACGCCGCCUCACCUGCAGCCGCUGCUCAUGAACCACACGCGCGCCGCCUCCGCCGCCAACAACGGCGACCUCAUGGGCGGCGCCGGGGGCGUGGGCGGCGGCGGCGGUGGAGGCGCGGGAGGCGGCGUCCGCCAGCCUCCGGACAGCCUGCAGGCGACGCCGCUGCACGCCGCCGCUCUCUCCCACCGGCACCUCAGCAUGCUCAACAACGACGGCACCGACUCCGACACCAACAGCAACUGCGCCCUCAUCAUCUCGGAGGACGUCGGCGCGGGCAAACCCGUCAGCAGCGGUCCUCGGCGCGGCUGCGGCUCCAACGGCAACAACAACUACGAGAUCCACGAGCUGCAGGAGCUCAACAGGCUGCUCUCCAGGCACCAGACACAGAUCUGACUAAGGUCGUUGCUGCUGUGGUGCUUCCCUCUGCGGGGAAGGCACUUCUAAGUUCGGCGCCAAAGCUCCUACACCGCAGCCCUUCCCCUCGCUUGACAGCUUUGCUUCUAUGCUUGGAGAUCAAACACGUGCGGGCAAUUUGUCCCGUGUGUUUGCCACUAUAGGACACGUUAGCACGUGACACUUUUUAAAAAAAGUGUAAUAUCGCAAAGAAACAGACUAGUGGAGUGUACAUAUAAAAACACACACAGACAGCCACUUAGCUGUCCGACAAUUGUGAACAAAACUGUCUCCUAGAUGAAAUAGAGCCAGUGUGAACAAUUUCUGAAUCAUGUGAUCGAAUAUGUGCUAAUCAAAAACACCAAUCAAUCUAAAUUAAUCGAUGGUAUCUUCAUCUCAAACAAAAAUUUAUGAGCUCUGUUUACUUUAGAAAUGUCUGUACCUAACUUGUUCAUCGUCACCGUUAUUUUCAUUGAAUAAUCUAACUCACAGGUACGGCAAAUACAUCCCUAGUAUAUCUCGAGCAUAUCUUUAAAAAUGUCUGUAGCAGCAAAUUAUCAGUUAGUCUCAUGCGGAACGAAACGACCAAACGUCUGACAUCUGUCCCAUCAUACUGUUGACAUCAAUAUUGUGGAAGAGCGCGUCAACGAUUCAGCAUCAACCAUCGUAUUUAUUACAACUCUGUGCCUCCCCGAAACUCGAAUCCGGUUAUUUCCCGAGGGCAGUGAUUUCCAGUUUGUGGAAGCAUGAGCAUCUAACGACCAAUUCAGAAAUCUAUGUGAUCCUUUCUUCCUGAAUCAACCCUGAAGAAAGGAUUUCAGGAAGAACGAAUGCUGAACGGCCUACGUAUCGAUAAGUGCCCUGUAUCUCUCCUAAGAGACGUCAUUUGCCUUUCCUCUCGCAUUUAUCACAAUUACAGUUUACCCUGAUGUUUUAUUCUAUUAUAUGUAAGCUAUUCAGCUCAAAAAACAUCGCUCAUUGAGUAUUUCAAGGUAUGCCGAUCGUCAACGGUAAAUGUUUUAGUUUUAACUCUACAUUAAAUGUUGUUUAUACUGUAAUUUUAUGUACAUAGUCGACUCAGAUGUGUGGUAUUAGUUUGGUGCGAUAUUUCAUGCACGGCCAUUUACAGAAGUUAAGAGAAAACAGAAGGAUAUCAGACCUUGGACGAAUGACAGAGCCAGUUCUAUACCUGCCCUGUCUAGACGAAGUUGCGUAGCACGCGCUUUCCACGGUCACUGCCUGCGCUAUCGUUUGAGCUAAUGAAAGUACUCUUUUAGCAACGUUUUCUUGUAAUCAGAAACGAGCGCCGCUUACGCCUGAUACCGGCCGUCGCACAAAAUAACCAUUAAGCAGGAUUGGAGUGACUCCACGUUACAAAAACGACAUUGAAAAUAUCUUCGAAAAUGGCAGAGAAAAGGCAUGCGAUUACUGAGUCACCGGAGAGACGCCCGGUAGGUUUUCAGGUCUCUUGGCUGUAAUAAUAAUAAUAAUAAUAAUAAUACAAUUUUAGACCGAUACUGUAGGCAGCUGGUCUCAGCCCCGAUUAUUACGCGAGAUACGCGCCGCUGGACUUGCUUUGUAACUGACUACUGAGGGGUUGAAUUAACUUCACAGAUAUGAAACGAGUUAAGGUAGACGAAAUCAAUGAAGAUGCAGUGAAAUGAAAUGAUACCUCUGAAGUAACUUUCAGAAAUACAGAACCUCACUCCACUGAAUAUGUCAUUGGUGAAGAAAACAAAAUAUUUUACGCAGUGGUAUCAUCGCACAUUCAGAAUUACUUUAUAAAGCAGGCCAUUGUUUCCCGCUAGCGGUGUAAAGUAACAGGAGUGUCACACAGAAGCAUUAAAAUGCAGGAGAAAUCUAGAUGUAAAUUCAGACGCUGACUCGAUCUCUGAAACGAACCCAGGUAAUGCAGAUAGCAUAGUGCAGAUCAUGAAAGGUAGAGAUCCGGCUUCGAAUCCUUUCCCAGUUAACAACUUACAUCUAUGACGAAGGUUUGUUUCAGCUAUUUCUAUGCUGCUGAGUUAACAACACUAUUCAUUUAGUUUGUUUAACAGCUGUAUUGCCUCUAAAUAAGCGUUAGAUACUAGAUUUUUAGACUACAAGUACCUGUAAUAACUAGUUACGUCCAGUAUUUGUACGUUUUACUGUAUGGCGCUCUAUAGUCAGUAACAGCACAGACAGUAGUACAGCGCUGAACCACCAGGCUGCAGCACUGGCGCGGCAGCAUGCGGUAAUUGCGGUGGCACCAGUCACCAUUAGCUGCAGCAUAGCUAAUUUCCAAUAUCCUGGACAUUAGCAUUUCCCUGAUCUGUAGGGUCACAAGGCAGUCGCUUCUGAUCCCUCUGGUGAGCUCCACCUGGUGUACUGCAGCAAGUUAAGAACUGAAGGAAAACUGUCUGUCUGAAGUAUGUUACUUGCUUGUUCUUUCCGAGUCCGGGGCGAUAUAUCGCCUACGAUCAUCCAUAGCCGUUUUGUAGCUAUUCUCAUAAAUUCAUCACUGCAGCAACAUCUGUAAUUACAUGCAAUGAUUUGUGAUGACGGCAAAAGAACACAUUUGUCUACCCACAAAAUUUUCUUGUACCAGUCAAAAUCUAUCAAAUAAGCAAAGAGGCAUCCGCUAUCUCCUGUAUUCACCGACUGUUCAUUGACGUGUCACAUAUUGUUCCUUAUCUUUCAAUAGUUGAAAAAUAUUUAAAAAUAGAGCCAAGUGUAUUCAGGCUUUCGUGGGGAUUGUGCUGAUGGUAUUUUAUCGGAUUAUCGACCUCACCUUGAAGAAAUAUUUCGCCAAGUGUCUUACUCAAUUCAAUUGAAAAUUACAAGUAGAAAAGGGAACACGAUAAAAUUUCAUCAACAGCGUAUGGAUAUAAAUAAAACGUAGAACUAUAUUUUGGAUCUCGCAGUAUAAUGUGCGUGGAUUCUCGCUUCUAAAACUUAAUCACGGUUUCUGUCUAUAUUUCGAGGGGCGGAGGGAAAUUUUCGUUUCUGCUAAAAUUAUAUAUGUUUUAAUAAAAACAAAGUGUAAACCACUGUGCAAUAUGAUAUGGUGAUUUGUUAUGAUCCACUGAAAAGUAUGUCAUCUCCAUUUCUUGCGCUCAUAGUUUUCAGUCACCUUAUACUUAUUACUAUCAUUUGUUGUCCAGAUACGUUUAUUUAAAAUCCAUCGCGCAACUUGUGGCAUCAAAAACGUUGAAUGAAUUUUUGCAGGAAGACAUACGAAGCUACGAUUAAACAACUGUAGGAAAUUAUUUAUGUUGUCCUUUGAAUUCUGGGAAGGCAUUCGCUCCGUUGAACAUCAAUGACAAAUUAAUAAGGACACGCGAUAGCGGAUACCAGACGUGACCAUGUUGACCAAGUUGCUCACCUGGAAAAGAGCCCGAGAAAACAAGAUGUCUGUGUUAGAUCCAUGAUGGCACUACGAAGUUAUCAUCGAGGUUCAAGUUCUAAUUUGCUUACGGCCGCGAAAUAAAGACUGUAGGAGUGAGGACCGUAGACGCCGCCUAUCUGUUUUCACUGGUCCUGUAAUAUCAGUUAAUAGUAUCAAACACUGAACGUUUUCCUGCAGACUUUAUUUUUUUGGGUUAUGUUACGAAACAAACGCUAUUGGGAAAGAUUUGGGUCCAAAAGCAUUCCUCCCUCAAAUUUCCACACAAGUCCUUCACACCGAUGUUUACGUCUUUUAUUAGGAAAAGGCAUCAGCGGAGGACUUUGAAGUACGAAGAAACGUCAACAAUAUAAGAAAUAUAUAAUGAAUUAAGCUAAAUACGCCAAUCAAAGCGCAACAUGAUGCUACUGCUCCUGUUUACGAGUUUAAGGACAUUGAACACCUCAGGUCAUCACCCUCCCAUUUACGCACCAGGACGGAAUCGGUACACCAUAUGUCUGCGCCUAGAGUCUGAGAGAGUUUUCUGAAUGUUUGCGUAGCGCGCGUCUGAGGCGGAGUGUGAGAACCAGCCCGGUAUUCACCUAGUAGGAUGUGUGAAACCACCUAAAAUCCACAUCCACAGUGUUCGGCACAUCGUCUCUCGUGGUUAAUCCGUCGGAAGGAUUCGAACCGGAGCCAGCGUGCCUCCCUUUCCAAGAAGCGGGAUCUCCAGUGCGCAAGUUUAUCAAGGCGUCUCAAGUGCAACAGGCAUCAGUACAAACGUCGCCACUAAUGAUGGCUCACAGGCCUAAAAAAUACGCACGCGCCAAGGGCUGAUCAAAAGUAUAAGGAUUCCAUGAAGGGGAUUUCAGUUCAAAUGGUGCGACGGCUUUCUUUCAUUUUUCAUCCUUAGGUGUACAGUAUAUGAAUCACAGUGAUUGGGAUUUUAUAUCUUCUUCAAUUAAAUCAGCUCUUUUUCAAUGACUUCAUCUUAAAUAAAACUCUAAAGAUGAUAACGUAGACGCAGCACCCAAAAUUUGUUUCUUAGUUCCUACCCGUUCAACAAUUUUACCAACGUUUAUAAGUCGAUGUACGUAUGGCUACAAAACGGUCCUUAGUGCAUCACGCAACUAAAACAUGACGAAAUUGCUUGUAAAUAACAUCUGCUUCGCACGUGAUAGCAAUUACAUUUUAUACUGUGUGCUUUCUAUUUCCCAGAAUGAACGGUGACGUGAGUUUUACUUUCGAAGUUCUGCUGGACUGAUUUGGUAACAGAUACCUACAAAUAUAUGAUUAUGUAUUUUCUAUGUGAUGAUUUGGUAUUUUAGACAAAUAAAUGUAAAAAUUCAUACAUCCUAGUUGUUUUUCCCAAUAAAUUCUUUGUUUCUGAUAUCAGCCCAUGAAAUUCUGGUUUUUGUCUUUUAAACUCCCGUUUAUGUAAGUGAUAAUUACUAUACAUUACUAUCUACUUUUGUGUUGUCUGUAUUUCAACGAAAGAUUUCUUUCAGUAUUCAUCACAUUUUCUCUCAUAAUUCUAAAGACGUCUACCACUGCGAAUGAUGCACCAUUAACAUACCAGCAACUGCUUCUCCUUACUCUUUAAUGUGUUUUGGGGAAACAAUCGCUUGGGACACUGCAUUCCUUUGGCAGGCUGUUCAAGAUGUGUUUCAAGUCAUCGCACAGCGAUGACUGUUUCUAUAUCAACUAAAUCGUUAGUGGCGAACAUCCAAGCACCUACAACAAUUUUUUCUCGCAGUUUCAAAACCUUCUUCGGAUAAGAGAAUUAUUUUAUGAUCGGAGAAUUUAUUCUUUCUCAACAAUCACGAGAAAGCUUCCCCCUCUAAAUUUAAUUUGCUCUUGGCUUGAUUAGGAACGCCAGGUUUGCUUCUUUCGUUCUUCUGCCAGCAUCUACUGACGUACGUGUCGAAGGAAAUUUUCGUCUUAAUUUAAGGCAGCGAAAUAAAGGGUUAUGUAUCAGUUUUAUUAACGUAAGAAACACAAAUAAUCGUUCGCUGGAGAUCACGAUAUCGAGUCUGCACAGACCUGUCGUCACUCUUCGUCUAUACGAACAGAAAAGCUUACGUAUCAUGUCGCCUACAACGACCAAAAAAAUUAACAUCAAAUCGCCUACAACUGAUCAACUGUGACUCAGAGACUUCAUUUACAGUACUUUGUUGAGCUUCUCUACUAGUAAUCGACAAGGCCAACUGUUGACAAAACUUGCAACUGUUUUCGGGUUUCCUUCCGAGCCUCGGCCCAGGAAGUCGAGAGGCCAUCUCCUGAGACUUUACGUCAACCGAAGUCUCAACUAUCAUUCUUCUACUAACAGGACCUCAAUAUAUGCGAUAAAACUAGCUCUAUCCUUGGAAUAAUUGUGGACGUAUGCAUACUCAGAAAUCACGGAAUAUUUUGCUCCGUUUAUAAUGUGUUAACAUCUUUAUUUUAUGAGGAGCGAUUGACACUUAAGACUGUAUCUGAUCAAUUACGUAAAGACACAGAAUAAUAAAUAAGGGAAAUAAAAGAAAGACAGAAUGUGUUACUAGAAGCAAAGAUUUUCUGUAAGUGAGACAACAUUCAAAGGAGAAAACACAUUAUGCAGUGACGCACAACUGAAAGCAGGCUGUUCAAGACUUGUUUCAAGUUAUCGCACGGCGAUAAUUGUUUCCAUUGUCAACUACAACCAAAUAUAUUUAUAGCAGGCAAUAAUGGUAGAUGGUCAAAUUACUGACGACUGCUUAAGCCCAAAAGUUGGUAGUACAGAGUUAUUAAUUAAAUGUGGGAAUAUUAGAGUUGGAAUAUCGUUACCAACAGUCUGUGUCAUCUUCCCAGUUGAAAAUGAUCUACAGGCCACACAAUAUUUUUAUAGCUGCAAUGCAUUUCCGUUCGCAUUAAAAAUUAGCUUGCUGCACUGAGAUUUUUUUACCCGGGGGGAAAAAUUCUAUUACAAUUGAAACUUAUUGUUCAUACGAAAAUAUAGCCCUUGAAGUCAACAAAGGACAUAAAACAAAUUAAAGGAGAGCAAAUUUCAAGGCAGCCAUGGGCUGAUGUAUCUCUUUACAAGAACGAAAAAUUAACAUUUGCCGAAUGCGAAACAUAGGAAACAGCACAGCUACUGAGCAAAGUUGUGAAUCAUAAGGUUCAGCAUCUCAAUUUGUAUACAAUUUAAAAGCUGAAAUAAUAAAUUGUUUGAAGGCUCACUCACAAUUUCGGAGCAAAUACUGCAAAUCAGGAAAUCUAGAAGACGAAGAGUUAUCACAUUAUCUUUGCAUCAGAAAAACACCCGCAUCCAUUUAUGGCAGACUUACUACCUGAAUAUUCACAAUAUAAAUAAUUAAGAAAAUUAUUAAUAAUUUUUUUUCAUUUUUCGCUUAUCACUUUCUUUCUUAACGUGAAUCACUUCUGUAAUUCCCGUCACCUUGUUUAU